AUGGCAAGCAGCCUUAGAAAUGUGAAGAUUAAGACAAGUAGUUGCAAACGAAUAGUGAAGGAGCUGCGUUCUUAUGAGAAAGAGGUCGAGAACGAAGCUGCUAAAACAGCUGAGAUGAAGGACAAAGGAGCUGACGCUUAUGACCUUAAGCAACAGGAAAAUGUGCUGGCUGAGUCGAGGAUGAUGAUUCCAGAUUGUCGGAAACGCCUCGAGGCUGCAUUAGCUGAUCUCAAAGGAAUUCUGGCCGAGUUAGAGGAAUCUGAUCAGAAGGAAGGCCCAGAAAUUGAGGAUGCCAGAAACACUAUUGCUGAGAUUGAACAGUUGUUUCAAACAACCGAUGCUUAA